AUGUUAGCCUUUUUAGUGCUGCCGCUACAUAUUCAACAGGUUAUGAGCCCUGUCGCUUUAAAAGAGAAUCCGUUGUCUAUUAAACUCUCUGGACCCAAGCAAUUUAAGACUUGGUUUAUCCGUUUAAAGCAACAUCUAAUCCGUCAUUCCACUGAGUGGUCUGAGUAUGCCUCAACCGGCAAUAUUUCUUCUGUCAUCGAAGAAUACAAAAUGUCUAAACAGGCAUCCAACACUGCUAUUCAGUUAUUAAGUAGUGCUUUAAUUGAUCUAAUCAAACUAUCCACUGAGGGUGAAGCUAAUAAUUUGGUGUAUAAUAUUAGUGACACUAACGAACUUCAAAGUGGUAAAGACUUAUUAGACACUAUUAUUAAUACGUAUCAGAUGUCAAAUGUGCGUUAUAAUUCUGACAUCUGGACACCAUUGCUUGGCAAUGCUAACAAACCAUUAGAAGACAAGAUCAAAUAUGCAAAUGAUCUUGCUUCUAAAAUUUUUGAACCAAAUGAAUUUGACAAAGAAUUCAUGAACAACUGUUCGCCAGCUAUCCUUUUAAAAUACAAGGAAAAUAUUAAUUCCAAGAAGAAUUAUUUUAUUGGAUAUUUUUUAUUGGCUUUAUGUCCUGACUCUCAGAAACAUUGUCUAAGUUUCAUGGGUAAUCUUACCAAGAUGAAUCACGUUGAAUUAAUUUCAAGAUUAAAAGAAGCCGACGACAAUACAACAAAGGUAUCUACUGCUCUAGUCGCUACUAAAAAGAGGCCUACUACUAAGAAAACCCAAAAGAAAAAGUGUGGUAUUUGUGGAGGUCCUUUCCAUUAUUUCAAAGACUGUGAAAUGUUAAAGAAGGCUGUUCCUACUGCUCCUAUCCUUGACAAAAAUGAUACGGAUGCUUGGACCGCCCGGAACUCUGAUGUAUCUGAUACUGAUCUGUUUUUCUAUGGAUCAGAAGAAGAUCACAAUAACUUUUCAAAAACAGACUGGAUUGUUGACAGUGGUUGUACUACUCACGUUACAUGCGACAAGAAUCUGUUGACUUCAUUCGUUCCAUCUGAUGGUACCUGUAUUAAGGGUGUAGGUGGAGAGAUUCCUAUUCAUGGUCAUGGUACUGCUAAAAUUGGCUCUAUUCAACUUGAAAAUGUUGCGUAUGCGCCUCAAAUGCCUUUUAACUUAUUAUCAACAAAAAAGGCAUGUACCAAGGCUAAUGUAUCCUUCAUAUUAGACAAUGAUAGUGUCUCAGUAUUGACUUCUACAGGUAAAAUUCUUCCUUUGGCAACUGUUAAAAAUGGACUUUAUGUCGUUGAUUUCAAACCAAAGUCAACCUACGCAGAAAAAGCAUUUUCUGGACAUGAAGUCCAUAUUAACUCCUCUCUGACAAAGGCGAAAGAUCGCUUAUUAUUUUCUAAGCAGGAUUCAACACCAAUUGAAGCCAUUAUUCAUGCCCGUCUAGGUCACCCAGGAAUUGAUCAAUACAACCGUAUUGCUCCUAUUAUCUCGGCUCCAAAAUUAAAAGUUAGCAAUGUUACCUUGUGUCCAACAUGUUCAUUGUCUAAAGGAAUCAUCAAAAAAGGGACUACUUCUCAAACUGAGUACACCUCUCCUUUACAAUUGAUUCAAGUCGAUUUAUGUGGUGGUUUUCGUUAUAAAAAUUUCAAUUCUGACAAAUAUUUUAUGACCAUCAGGGAUGCUUAUUCAAGAUACUAUUCGGUUAUUCAUUUGAAGAACAAGUCCGAAGCCGUUGAUAAGCUUAUGGAUUGGAUAACUGCUCAAGAAAAUUAUUUCGCGUCUCGUGGUGGGUAUACUGUCGGUUCUAUUAGAACUGAUAAUGGUGGUGAAUUCGUCAAUCAUCAACUUCAUUCCUUUAUGACCAAGAAAGGCAUUCAACAUCAAUUAACAGUACCUCACUCUAGUUUCCAAAAUGGUGCUGUUGAAAGAGCCCAUCGUACUAUUGAAGAAAAAACUCGUUGCUUACUUGUCGGUGGUCGCAUUCCAACUUCUUUAUGGCCUGAAGCAGUAUCUUGUGCUGUUUAUCUAAUCAAUAGGCUACCUAUUACAAAUAAAAAUGGUGCCAUUCCGUAUUGUUUAUGGCAUGAUAUUUCUCCUGAAAGAUUUAAUGUGAAGCAUCUAAGGGUCUUUGGCUGCGCUGCUUAUGCCACCUUAGCUACUUCAUUAAGAGAUGGUAAAUUAUCACCUACAUCUAUUGCCGGUAUUCAUGUUGGAUACGAUACUGAUCAUAAGGGAUAUAGGAUAUACCAUCCACCGUCUCGUAAAAUUUUCGUUAGCACACAGGUAAAAUUUGACGAAAGUCAUUUUCCAUUGGCGGACAGUCAACAAACGAUCGAUUCUCAUUCGUUUGCUACAUCUGUUUUAGGUGGUGCUCCUUCUUAUCCUUCCGUUGGAAUCACUAUGACUGCUCCAUCUAAGCCUAUUACAAGAAAUGACUCUGCUCAAUCAAAUCCCUCUGAAUUACCAUCUGAUUCAGACAUUUCUAUAUCCUCUGAAUCAAUGUCUGAGUCUGACACUCCCAUAUCCUCCAAUCAACCAACUUCUACUCCGGCAUCACAACAUGAAUGCAUUUCUGAGUCUCAUGAUCUAGUCCUUGCCGAUCCUGUUGUAGACAAUUUAACUACCGAUCUUAGCGAGACACAACAACAACUCGAAGCUUUCAAACAAUCUGCGGCGCAAUAUGCCUCUCAUAAUAAACAAUUGACUGAUCAAUUACACCAUGCUGUUAAUAUCAUUCCAAGUCCUACCAGUCAUCUCAAACGGCCAAAUUCCAAUGUCGAAACAUUGCCUCCAAUUUAUGCUAAGCAAACAUUACCACAGUCUCAUGCAUCUAAGAAGCGUAACGCUCAACUUACUGGUACUUCCACUACACUUGCAAUUCCAACCUCUUUAAACACUGCUGAUAAUCACCAAUUCUCUGCUAUUCCAAGUGAACGACCUGGUUCAACAGAUCUACAACGUAUUCCAGUAGACCAAAUCUAUUCUGACCGUGUCCGUCAUUUUCUAUCUAAACAUGAUUGGUCUCCGACUGGCCAUUCACUACAUUCUUUGCCUGUUACUGUUGCUGAUCCAUUGUUCAAUUCUAACCAUUCCAUUGUUAUGAGAGACUCGUCUAAUCCUCUCUCUCAACAAAUUUUGACUCCAACUGGUGACACAGACCCUUCUACAUCGAUAUCCUCUCCCGAUUUAACUACUACCCAAUUAGCUCUCACCGCCAUGGUUCGAGGUCAUUCAAUGGUAAAUGGUUCCCUAACGAUUCCAUUUAAUAUUAAAGCUGCUCUUACGGGGAAAAAUUCUACCGCGUGGUUAGCCGCGUGUAAAAAGGAACUUAAGGCGUUUAAAGAUCACGAUACCUAUGACUUAGUUCCUCUUCCUCCUGGUGCUAAAUCACUUGGCACUCGAUGGGUACUAACUGUCAAAGGUAACUCAACUGCUAAAGCUCGUCUGGUUGCACAAGGUCAUCGUCAAAUUGCUGGGUUGGAUUACACUGAAACGUUUGCCCCUGUUGUUCGCUAUGAUUCUGUUCGUAUUUUCUUAGCUUUAUCUGCUUGUCUCCAUCUUCAUGUCCAUCAAAUGGAUGUUAAUACUGCUUUUCUGAACUCCUCUAUGGAUGAUAUUGUCUAUGUUCGUCAACCGCCAUCAUUUAUCAACAAAGAACAUCCUGACUGGGUUUGGAAGCUGUCUGGUGCCAUGUAUGGUCUUAAACAAGCUCCUCUGCUAUGGAAUAAACACAUUAAUGGGACAUUAACCAAAUUAGGGUUUAAUCAACAUGCUGGAGAACAUGGACUUUAUUUUAAACAUUCUCCUUCUGGUUUAAUAUUUGUUGCCCUUUAUGUUGAUGAUCUUCUUAUUGCGGCUCCGGAUAUGGCCAUUAUGCAAAAAGUCAAAAAUGCGCUAUCUAGGUUUUACUCCAUGAAAGACUUAAUGUCUGUUAACAAAUUUUUAGGCAUGAAUGUCAAUCAGACUUCUAACGACAUCACAUUAUCGUUAGAAGAUUAUAUUUCUCAAGCUGCUGUGUCAAAUGCCAUUCCUCUUGACAAACCGGUCGACAUUCCUCUUUCUCCAACUACCAAUCUUUUUGAUGAUCAAUCCCUUCCGUUAGAUAAUGUCACUCCAUAUCAGAGCAUUGUCGGUCAACUAUUAUUUAUUGCCAAUACAGGUCGCCCUGAUGUUGCACAUUCAGUUUCUCUCCUUUCCAGAUUUUUAAAGGCUCCUACUGAAAUCCAUCUAACCGCUGCACGUCGGGUGUUUCAGUACUUGUAUACCACUCGUAAAGCUGCUUUAGUGUAUCGUAUUGGAUCUCCUAUCCAUAUGAACAUAUAUUCUGACGCUUCCUACGGGACUACUACAGAUAUUCCAUACGCGACACGGGGGUAUAUUACGCAACUGGCUGGUGGUAUCAUUACAUGGUGCUCUAAAAAGAUAAGGUCCACAGUAACACUCUCUUCAACUGAAGCAGAGUAUAUCAGUGCUAGUGAGGCUGUAGCAGAAAUGCAAUGGCUACGAAACUUAAUGCAACAUAUGGAAAUUAAAAUCAAGACACCUACAUUAUGGGUCGACAAUCUGCCUGCUAUUCAUAUCGCCGAAAAUCCAGUUCAUCAUAGUCGUAUGAAACAUGUAGCUAUAAAGCAUCAUCAUAUUCGGAAAACAAUUAAUGAUGGUGAAAUAGAAAUACAGCACGUUGGCACAGAAAAUCAAUUAGCUGAUAUUACCACUAAAACGUUAGCCAGGAAGCCAUUCACAUAUCUUACUAACAAACUUUUUCAUUAA